AUCCUUCCGCUGCGGGAGCCAAAAAGAAAGACGAGGUUUCGCUGUUGUAUGAGCUUGGACUGCUGGACGACUCGGAUAAAAGACCCAGGAGGCGAGAGAAGAACAAGGGCAGGGAGGAACCUGGUGGAGCACGCGUUGCAGGAUCCCAUCCCAAAAAGAGUACGCUUCAGGUCUAUGCCAAUUUUAUCCCCUUCUCCACCCCUCCAGUCUUCGAGUACAACUGAACAACUGGUGAACCCGAACCUCAAUCCACAACUACUGACCUAGAAUUUCUUCUCUAGACCAUACCGCCGCUUCGUCCUCUUCUAUGACCGUUGACUCUACUCGGGGUGCAUCGAAUAAGUAUCCUACAGCCACCGACUCGACUCUCUCCCUCUCUAGUGACCUGCGCAAGCGAGCAGGAGGUGGAAUGGCAGGUAUGCUCGACACAGACAGGAGUCGUACAAGGCGGGAAAGGACAUUUGUCGGCAGUGAGUGCGCCGUCUGCGAGGAGCCGUUGGAACAUACCCUUCGUGGCGAGCGGAUACUCCAAUUCUCCUGCGGUCACGUCUCCCACGAAGCCUGCUUCUACGAAUACAUCAAGGAGUUCGAAUCACAAUACUGUCCGACAUGCAAUGCACCAUUAGGACUUGACACAAGUAGGGGAGGAAAUGUGCUGGAUAUUGAAAAGCUAAGUAGCAUUGUGCGAUCAGUAUCCGCGAGCGACCAAUCGACCCGAUCGAACCAGACUCCAACACCGACAGCGUGGGACAGCCAGACUGUUCGACCCCAAAGUCGAGAAUCAUCAAGACCACAAGCUCGAGACGCCAGGGACAGCAGUAGAGACUCCAGGGAUAGCAAUAACGGUGGUGGAAGUAGUAGAGAUAGCAGGGAUAGCCGAGAUCGUGCAAACAGAUACGUGCCGAAUUCACGGACAUCGCAUACUCGAAAUGACUCUGAAGCGACUGGAGCUGGCUCAUCAGUUGGAUACCCAGAAACAGCAGUCAGUGGACCGCCACGACGCCACGAUUACGAUGUUCAGUCGAUGGAGACCAGUUUAGUGAGCCCGAGAGCGAGUGUCACCAGGAAUCCAAUUCCUCCCCCAGCCGUCAGCGUGCGAUCGGAAUUCCCAACCCUAAAUCGAUCACGCCAACAGCAAACUCUCACCUGCCUGGUCACAAUCGAAGUCCCUGACAACAAAUGGCGCCCUGAUCCCGAUGAUUUGAGAAGCGCCCCACCAGUCCCACCUGUUCGCCCAGAAGAUACAUAUGCAAGACCACCAUCUCCAGCGCAGAGUGCACCAAGAUUCUACCCUUACGAGUCGGCCGAAGUUUUGGAGGAGAUCACGGAAAGUCUUCGAGCUAGGGUGGAGAACUGGCAUGGUUUGGACUUCAACAGAUUCGGAAAAUUGCGUCUGUAUGGGACUAUUCGAGUUGGCAAAGACAAGCAAUCAUGGCAGGAACUAGAAUGCUUCCUCUUUGCCGAGAUGCUCAUUUGCGUCAAGGAAAAGAAGGUCGCAGUUCCUCAGCAAUGGGAUGACCAGAAUUCUCCACGAAAGAACACUAGAUGUACCCUCAAGGGUUCAAUUCUGAUCAAGAAGCAUCUGAAUGAAGUUACUGAGAGUGGCAGUGGUAAAGCCCAGCUUGGCCAAACCGAAAAGAUCACAAUGUCUAAUCUUCGCCCAGCAGACGAGAACAUCUUGACACUUAGUCUCUCCGUGGCUGAAUUGCCAUCAUUCCAUCUCAGGUUCGAAAACAGAAAUCAGUUGAAACUUUGGCAACAGGCUCUUCUCGACCUGAAUGCAGUAGAGGGCUCUCCUGUGCGAAGUCCUGAAUAUGAACUUUCGGAGACCGAGGAGGAAGAUUGGCAACGAGUUUCGAACCCAAAGCGCGUCUCAUCAUUGAAUUCUUCCUCUUAUGGAGGUCCUCGAUCAACUACUACUGCCCCGACCGAAUACACGAAUGCCACAAGAAACAUGCGACUCCCAGCAGCUGUCCACGUCCCCGUUGAUAUCGUCGUGGUUAUCCCUGUUUCUUCAUCAAUGCAAGGAGUUAAGAUCAGUCUUGUUCGGGAUGCAUUGAAGUUUAUGGUUCAGAAUUUAGGAGAUCGCGAUCGCAUGGGCCUAGUCACUUUCGGGUCAAGUGGAGGAGCGGCACCUCUGGUUGGAAUGACUACGAAGACUUGGAAUGGCUGGACGAGUAUCCUCGCGUCCAUCAGACCAGUUGGACAAAAGAGCCAUCGCGCUGACGUGGUUGAUGGUGCCAAUGUUGCAAUGGAUCUACUCAUGCAACGAAAGGCCAGCAACCCGGUCGCCACAAUUCUCUUGAUCAGCGAUUCAUCGACCUCGGAUGCCGAGAGCGUUGACUUUGUUGUAUCAAGAGCUGAAGCAGCCAAAAUCGCCAUACAUUCAUUUGGUCUUGGCAUGACGCAUAAGCCAGAUACUAUGAUCGAGUUAUCAACCCGAACAAAAGCAUCAUACACCUAUGUGAAAGACUGGAUGAUGUUACGAGAAUGUCUCGCAGGCUGUCUCGGCGCCAUGCAAACAAUGUCUCAUCAAAAUGUAAAGCUGAAGUUACGUCUCCCUGAAGGAUCUCCAGCAAAGUUCGUCAAGAUCAGUGGGGCCUUGCAGAUUACGAAACGAGCAACGGGCAAAGACGCGGAAGCUUCAUUGGGCGACCUCAGAUUUGGUGACAAACGAGACAUCCUGGUACAACUUGUCAUCGCACCCGACAAUGCAUCCCAGGAACAGCUUCCGCAGGACCCUUGGGAAUCGAUCGUGUCUGGUCUCGAAGCUCUUGGUGGUCCUCUCGACAAGGAGGACGAGCGUACCGUUUCCAUUGAAGAGGUCCCACUCAUUCAAGCUGACCUCACUUGGGGUGACAUUCUUCGUGAUGGCACAGUAACUCAUCUCCCACGUCCAUCAUUGUUGGCGAUCACGAUGCUACCUGCGCCCACAACUCAACAGAAGAAAUCGCAAUGGCCCAACAGUCCUCCGAUCCCUCCACAUCCUCUUGUUGUUCAAAGGAGAAUGGAACUUCUUACGUCUGACAUGCUCACUCGAGCACUUACCCUCGUUUCUCGAAAUCAGCAUGAUCGUGCUCAACAUCUACUCAGCGAGACCCGCUCUAUCCUUAAAGGACUUGGAAAGGGUGGCUUGCCACCGAUUCCACCAACUCCCCAAAUGAAGUCACCCAGCAACCUACUCACCAAUACGGAUAAUUCAUCUCCUACGUCAAGUGCUACUCCUGAUCGCCGCCGUACCCCAUCCCCAACUUCCGCUCACACCACUUCGUCUGGUCACAACUUCCCCAUUCCUCGCCAUACUUCCAACGACGCACUGUCAAUGGGUACAGCUGCUGGUAUUGAUCCCAAUACUGUGGCUGCCCUUGAUGCCGAACUUGAAUCGAGUCUGGAAUGGAUCAAUCAUCCCGCUGUCUUCGCACGAGAUAGCAGGAAGACGGUCCUCCAGGCUAUUGGCGUGAUCAGCAGCCAGCGAGGCUAUACGUUCCGAACACCUGUUGAAAGCCUCUGGGCUGGUCGCGUUGGCGGUGUCAAGCGACUGACAGAACGCAGUCGAGAAUGGCGUGAAGAAGGUGGUGGAGAAGGUGGCAUCAUGGAAGAGUCCUGAACCAUCUAUAUUUAUUUCGACAUGACGCUCCCACGCCCCUAAAAGUUCUUAUAUACCUCGAUCCGACUUGAUCCAGUCAACGUGGCGUUCUUCUCUUUCGCUCCGAUAUUUGUUAUUUGCUUGCUUGCCCCGAACGAUAUACCACACAC